UCUUAUAAAAAGGAGUAGCGUGAAUUGGGCCUUAUUCUAGAUUGGGAAAUUGAAGACACUUUCUUUAUAUCAAGCUAAUCAAAAUUAACUAUGAUCAAACCACCAAUGCGUUUAUCAAAAUGAAAUUAUAAUCUUCUUUUAUUAAACUUGCAAGCUUAUGCAAUAUAAAGUGUUUAUUCAUGAAACUUUAUUCUGUUAGGUUGCAGUACAGUAGGCCCAUCCUACCAUCGUGCUCAUUGAAUAUUGUUGUCGUGAUUAGGAAUCCCACACAAAAGUUGUAUCGUUUUAGGCUACAUUUUAUAAUACUUUCAGCUAAAAAAUUCCUCCUUUUACUUUCAAAUAACUAGGGUGGGAGAGGGGGGGCGCGGCCGCCUCCUUCGCCCCUAGUGUCUGCCACUGAUAGCACGACGCCAAUCUGCUUUUCAUUUACGAACAAAACAGCAUCAAAGCGAGAAAAUUAUGAUGAAGCUGAAAUGAAAUCAAAGUUUUUCCUCGCCCCUGACCUUCUUCAGCUCAAACGUACCGGAUUAUGAUUCAAUUCAAGGGAGGAGAUUCGUCGCAAACUCGUAGAUCCAUUCAAGUGCUGGAUUUAGCAGGUUUCCCCGACGAUUAUGUGAUCAUUGCCCUGUGCGCCUCACUCGCUUUAUUCGCAAUUUAUAGGUAUGUACGUCAUGCUCACACCUAGACAAUGCCUAGGUGUGAAGCUUCUCUGGUGUCGUCAACUGCUUUUCAACGCAAUAACAAUCAAUGCCCGGUGCAUAAUACGAAGAUGGAAUCCUUCUGACAACAUAAACAAAACUUCAAAAGGCGUGUUGGGUUUAGAAAGUGCUUAUCCAGAGUUUGUUGAAAGCUGCAUAUGCAAAAAUCAAGUUCUUCUUCUUCUGCAGAUUCGAUGCGAGAAAGUUCGGUGUGAUACAACAUAGGUGAACCAAACAUAGUGCCAAGCAAUUGAGCCAAAACAUGACUAAAGGAAAUAAGUGUGAAGAAAAGGGCCAGUGUGAGAAACCGACAGUGAAUGCCAAGGGUAAUGAAGCAACUACACAAAUCAAAAAGUCGCGUCAAAACAGUGAACAAAAUGGAGGAAGGUCGCAAAAGAUCUUUCACAGUUCUAUUAUCAGUGUUGUCAUUGGUUUAUCGAAUAUAUUAAUUGGGACGGCGAUUCUCCUUAAAGGAAUGACGUCACACCACUGGGUUGCUAAAUCAGCAUUUGGUAUCUGGUUUGGCUUUUUUAUACUUUGCACCGGCGUCAUUGGAAUUUCGUACUCCAUGUCAAAGUCAAAGAAAAAAGAACAUUUAUUGGUAUGUCUGAAUGUCAUCGCCAUUUCAUUGGCAAUUGUCAGUCUUGGAUGCUACGCUUCAGCAAUGGUUCACUACCAUGGUGUCAGAACCGGAAAUAUCUCCACGAUGUGCAGCAAUACUAGUGGGAAAAGGUUGAACGGAGACACAGAAAGUUGUCGUAAAAGGGACAUCAAUACAGCAACGCUAUUUGCGGUUCUUAACGGAUUUCUUUUAGCACUGAGUGGCAUACAGUGCGUGGUCUGUAUUUUAGUCAUGGCGCUUUGUUCAUCCGCAAGAGAUUGCUGUGUGAGAACUUUUGCUGGCAAUGACGACAGCGAUGAGUUUUGGCAAUCAAUGUACACUGGAUAUCCAUAUGUUUUGAAGUACAGUUCUUUCACUAAUCUGCACGUAUUAUUUGACCUCAAUGAUCACGUUAGCACAGUUUCAGUUAAAAGUUUGGAAACAGGCCACAAAGAACCUAGACACCCUGGAAAGCUCAAGGAAGAAAACUACUAAGACGAAACAAAGCAGCAAAGUCAGGGGAAAUAUCAAGAGCACAGAAACGGCACGAAACAGCUUACCUAAAACAGGCCAAUAAGACUCUGCACAAUCUAAAUAGCUCUAAAAACUCAUUACAUAAAAUAAAAAUUUUAAGGGGACAAAGGGAGA